UUGGGUUAACUUAGGUUAGGUUAAAUCUAUUGUGUUUUGAGGUUUCUUAUAAAAAAAUCCAUUCAUUUGACCCUUUUUUUCAAUAAACAUAUUUUUUACCUUAUUUUAAUUUCUACCGCAAAAUGCCGUACAAAUAUAUCGGACGAACACACGAUUUCAAAGGUAAAACCUUAUGGGAAAUAGUGGGAAACCUAAAAAAUUAUGGAGUUGGUAGAGUAAUAGCCAGAAACAGAAUGCAGAGAUAUGAGGAACCCAGUUAUAUGAAAAUUUUAAGUGUGGAGACGUUACCAAAACCUGAAGAUGAGUCUCCGGACAAUGUUAGAAAAGUGAGGGUCUUGGUAGAAAAAACAUUUAGGGGAGUGACUGCACCAAAACCUAUUCUUAUGGAAAGUGUAACCUAUAAGGCAGAUUAUGUGUUGAUUCCAAAACAUGAAGAGGAAGCUUUCUGUAAACCCACUAAGCAAAGCACCAAUUCCACAAAAAUUUUUCCAAGAACCAUGGAAUUUCCACCAUUAAUGAAGGAACUGCUUCUUAGGGAAAAAAAGAGUGGCGAAAGUGGCAAAAACAAUAUUGACCUGGAAUUAAACAUAAAGUAUAACCCAAUGAGUAGAUAUACUAAAUACAGAGUAGCCAAAGAAGGUGAGGAACCAAACGUUAAAUUUACAAUGGGCAUUGGAACACCAGUGGCUCCAAGAUUGUAUAAAGGAACUGGUAUAGUUUAGUUUUUUUUAGUGUGAGUUCCUGAAUUUCUAAUGAAAUUGUCUCUUAGUGAAACCUUAGAAAAUUAAACUACUAGAAGCAAUUAUUUAUAAUAAUAUAGUAAUUUAAAUUUCAUUCUCACUAAAAAUCUUUUAUGUAUGUUGGCAACAAACAAGCCAUCAUCCCAACUUGUGUGCAUAUGCUGAAUUCGAUAUUUUCUGAUUCUAGUUGUUCAAUGUUCUAUUGGUAAACCAGAUGUUACUUAUGUUUUGUGAAUAUAAAUCUCUGUUUAAAUAA